AUGAGUGAUGCUGAACUUGAUUACUGGCGAACGAAGUAUUCGUUGUUAGAAGAACAGUUUAAUCAUCAGAAGAAUAGAAAUGAGGAGUUGGAAGAACGACUUCUACAUAUGGUUGAGAAAGUAGAGACUGAAAAAAAGCAAUUAGCUGACGAAAUUGACGCACUUACAAGGAAACUCGAGCAGCUCACGGGGAAGGGGAAAGUUAGCGAUGGCGAAAAUUUUGAGGCGGAUGAGGCGUACGAGCCUGAAGAUCCCUCAAUGACCGUAGGUUGUAGCAUUUUCUUUACAUGAGU